GUAAAACGAUUCUGCUAUUUGUAGCUUAGCCCGAAUGUGCCUCCAAUUACGUGAUAAACAUGAGGUUAACCAAAUUUCGGACACGCUCUCCGCUUUAGCUGCCUGUCGCUGCACACCACGGAGGACUAUCGGUGUCUUCUGGUCAUGGACUCACCGCCGGGAAGGACUGUUGCUGUUUCUGGUGGUCGUGUUGUUAUUGUAGCUAGCGUCAGCGUUAGCUGAAUUAGCUAACACUGCUGUCUUCGAUCUCAGCAUAACCGAUGUUGAUUCAUUGCUGCGGGGCAGUAAACCCGCAACAACAAGCGGACUCCGGAGCGAGUUGCGGUUUUAAUAAGUGACCUGAGCGAUGUUCGUGUCACGCUUCUCAACUCAGUAUGUAAGUGGCCGUCGCCAGUAUAUUAAUCGGGGUUGUAGGGAACGAUUUGCUAACAUUAUUUGACAAGUGAGAUCAACCUCCUGCCGCGGCAUGCUUUAGAAGAAGACACCUCAUUAAACAUGGUAUUAUUAGCAAAGGUGAGCUAACGCACCUACUGCUGCCUGCAGCGUGAGCUUUGACGUUAACUAGUUGGCGUUAUUGCCGUCUAACGUUACGUGUUGUGUGAUGGAGCAGCAGAUAGCAGCCAGUGAGAUGGCUCUCGGUCUCCACAACACAUCUGUCUGAGCUGAUACGUCUGUGAAAGAAGAAAUCAUGUCUUGCAAAGCCGCAACCAAGGACAAGAAGUCGAGCUUCAGCAAGAAGCUGUUCAGGCGAGGCUCUGUGCGCUCUGUGGGCAGUUUUAUGAGCAGAGUCCUCAGGACACUGACAGCGUUGUCUCACUUUGGGUCUGAAGUUCAAACAGAAGAUGACAAAGAUGAUGGAGGAUUUUCCACGUUCAAAUCCGGAAGUAAAGAUGUGCCCAUGGAUGAUGGGGAUCUCGGGAGUUUACUCUCUGGCGACAGAAUUCCUGGAGUGUCAGGUCUCAAAAACCACGGGAACACCUGCUUCAUGAAUGCGAUCCUGCAGUGCCUCAGUAACACUGAACUCUUUGCUGAGUACCUGGUUUUGGAGCACUAUAAAGACGAGGAUCAGGAUGAGGACAAACCAAAGACAAAUGGCGUACUCCUGCAGAAGAAGGGUCCUCUGGCCAAAGGAGAAGUUACAGAGCAGCUGUCAGGACUGGUGCGGGCUUUAUGGACGUUUGAGUACACCCCCCAGCAUAGCAGGGAUUUUAAGAACGCUGUGUCAAAAAAUGCCACCCAGUUUAAGGGAAACGCUCAGCACGAUGCUCAAGAGUUUCUACUGUGGCUGCUGGACAGAGUGCACGAGGACAUCAACACAGUGAACCCCAACAGCAGACCUGCCAUAAAGCCACCCAUCGAAGAAGAUGACCAGAGCAUAGAGGGGCCGUCCCCUCCCCUCUCUGCUGGGUCGUUUGUACAAGAACUUUUUCAGGCUCAGUACAGGUCUUCUCUCACCUGCCCACAUUGCCAAAAGCAGAGCAAUACGUUUGAUCCCUUCCUUUGCAUCUCCUUACCGAUCCCACUGCCACACACACGACCCCUGUAUGUGACAGUGGUCUACCAGGGGAAGUACUCUCACUGCAUGCGGAUCGGUGUCGCUGUUCCCCUCAACAGCACCGUCUAUCGCCUCAGAGAUGCUGUGUCACGUGAGACCAAGAUCCCCAUGGACCAGUUUGUUUUGACUGAAAUGUACUAUGAUGGUUUUCACCGUUCAUUCUGCGAUGAUGACGACGAUCUUGACAUCAUUCAAGAGAGCGACUCCAUAUUUGCCUUUGAGACACCAGAGACCUUCAAACUGGAAAACAUACGCACAAAAAGAGGAAGUCUUCUGGCAAACCUGAAUCAUAACAACUUGAAGUAUGGGACAGAAAUCAGCAGGACGCCGUCUUUCAUGCAGGGGGCCAUGACUCCUUUAACUGCAUCACCCAAUAAAAACCUGGGACCUGAAAAAAUCAUCCUUCUUGUGUGUAACAGAGCUUGUAGCGGCCACCAAGGAAAGAGGUUCGGGCUGCCAUUUGUACUGUACAUGGAGCGCACUGUGACCUGGGAUGCUCUACAGAAAGAGAUCCUGGAGAAAAUGCGUCAUCUCUUGAGGCCUGGGGUCUACAUUCAGGUUGGACCUUUCAGUCUUCGUGUGGUUGGCGUUGUUGGCAUCACCUACCUCCUUCCUCAAGAUGAGAGACCGCUGUGUCACCCAACUGUGGAUAGAGCAUACAAGUCCUGUGGACAAGGGGGGCCACCACAUGUGAAGAUUGUGGUCGAGUGGGACAAAGAGACCAAGGACUAUCUGUUUGGGCACACCGAGGAGGAGUACAUUCCUGAUGCUGAGAGUGUGUAUCUGCACAGGGAACAUCAUCAUCAGCCACAGGCCUGCACUCUCGCUCAGUGCUUCCAGCUCUACACUAAGGAGGAGCAGCUGGCCCCAGACGAUGCCUGGCGCUGUCCCCACUGCAAGCAGCUGCAGCAGGGCCGCAUCAAGCUCAGCCUGUGGACGCUGCCGGACGUGCUCAUACUGCAUCUCAAGAGAUUCAGACAGGAGGGGGAUCGGAGGGUGAAGAUGCAGAACAUGGUGAGGUUUCCGCUGAUGGGCAUGGACAUGGCACCUCAUGUGGUGAAGAGAAGCCAGAGCAGCUGGAGUUUACCUUCCCACUGGUCGCCAUGGAGACGGCCAUAUGGCCUGGGAAGAAAUCCAGAUGACUACCUGUACGACCUGUACGCUGUGUGCAACCACCACGGGAACAUGCACGGAGGCCACUACACAGCCUACUGUAAGAACUCCAUUGAUGGUCAGUGGUACUGCUUUGAUGACAGUGAGGUUUCCCCAGUAGCUGACGAUGACGUGUGUCAGCAGACGGCCUAUAUACUGUUCUACCAGCGGAGGACAGCUAUCCCCUCGUGGUCGGCCAACAGCUCUGUUGCUGGUUCCACCAGUUCAUCCCUGUGUGACCACUGGGUCAACAGGUUACCUGGCAGCAGGCCUGCUAGCUUGGCCUCUGGGACCUCAUCCAGACGCACGUCUUUGGCAUCACUGGCCGAGUCAGUUGAGUUUCCUGGAGAACGCAGUGAAGAUGAUGGAGGAUUCUCUGUCCGCCCUUUUGUGAGGAGCAUCCAGCGUCAGAGCUUGUCCUCCAGGUCAUCCAUCGCUAGUCCUUUAGCCUUCAGCGACAGUGGGAUAAAACCUUCUUGGUCUCUCUCUGCAAAGCUGCACAUGCGAUCCAACUCGCCCUCACGUUUCUCCCUCGACUCUCGAUGUUCUCCUCCUUUGGAGAGGAUAGGAGAAGCCUGUGAUGACAAGGUGUCCACAUCCUGUUUUGGCAGCUACAGCAGACAUGAACGCUACUUUGGCAGCAGGUCUCCCUUGUCUAUGAUGGAGAGCAACCUGAGUGACCAGGACAACAACAAACGGUUCCUCGACAUGAUGUACUGCAGGGCUCCCACACCAGUGGAAAAGAAGAGCACCAAAAAUGAGCCAACUGAGAACAACAACCAGAUUACAGCUAUCGACCAAAACAUUCUCCCAGCUCAAGCUACUCCUUCCAAAGAACAGAAGCGUAAGAGCAGUAUUGGAGGUUUUGCCUCAAAGGCAGACAGCACAGGUUCCACAAAGAGUUCCAGCAAAGUAGAGACAGAGAAAACCUCCAAAAAACGUUUGUGCUCCACCUACAAGACCUCCACUUCUGAAUCAACUUCCAGUACACCUGUGAAAGGCAAAAAAGUGAGCAGUACUAAAGAAAAGAGUGUAAAUGCCAAGAAAAGCACCUCUACACCAAGUGGAACUCCCUCCAAAACAAAAGAGGCAACUCAUCCCGUAGAGACGCCACAACAUAAGCCAUGUGUCCGCUCCACACCUCAGUCCUCAGCUUCUCCCUCUCCAACGUCAAAGAAGAAUUCCUCUAUCAAUGAGAAGAGCUCCACGAGCAGUCGGAAGAAGCUGGUAGAAAGGAGCUUCAGCAGAGAUUCUAUGCACACGAGCCCCGUGGUCGACAGUCUCCGAGGAAGUUCGGUAGCCCGCUCUCCGCUGUCGAAGAGUGGGGAAAGCAACCGACCGGAGAGGAGAUUAAUAAGGAGCUCCAGCAGCAGCUCAUCAGUCACAAGCCUGCGCUCACCCAGCAUAUCAACCAGAGACCUGCAGCGUAGCAGCAAACCUGAGGAAAAAGGCUUGUCUUUCUUCAAGAGUGCCCUCCGACAAAGGGAAAGCCGCCGGUCGGCUGAUCUAGGAAAAAGCACUCUGCUUGCCAAAAAAGCCUCAGAGAGGACGUGCAAGCAGAACGGACAGGCCAAGGACAUCAGUGGUGAUAAGGGAAAAACAGGAGAUGCAGUGUCUUCACAGACAUCUACAGAGACUCAUGGAGGUGAGACAAAGUCAGAGACAAAGACGUCUUCCAAGCCCCCCAGCUCUCUUAGUCGCACUCUAUUGAACGUUGGCAAAUCCAAGUCUUCCACUUCUGAAGUAAGUCUCAAGUCUCCAGCAAACGGGAAGAAGCCUCUUGAGCGGAUGGCAUCUUCCCGAAAGCUGUCGUCAAGCAUGCAAUCUCCCGCACGUACAACACAGAGGCCUCAAUGAUACAUCCACAGUACAUUGAACUUACAUAAUGCAGCUAUUUUCUUUGUGCCUAAGUUCCAGUGAGCUCCAGGAGUGUUUGUAAAGAGACAUGUUUUGAUGUUAUGGAUUUCCUUUUUACACUGGCAUCAUGUGCAUAUGGGAACUUUGAGGUUUAAACAUUGGCAGCCAGCUCAGAGUAUUUUUAGCUGUUCUGGAUUAAAGUUAAAGUAAAACUGAACGUCACCUGCACUGCAUCAUCUAGUUUUUAGAAACAGUACGUCCUGUCAGUUACACCUUUGUGAGCAUUAAGAAUGGGUUUGAUGCAAGUAAGAAAAUGGGGAGUGCAGGGUGAUGACUUGACACAUGAGAUGAUUGCUGACAUGGAGCGUACAUGAGCAUGCCUUAUGCAUUCAACUGUGGAGCACAAUCUAUUUGAUUGUGUGUACUGGAGGCCUAUAUGGCAGCUGACAGAAUUCCCUGUUGGAAUCUUGAAAUCCAAUUAUCCUUCCAUCAGACAGGAGCCUUGUUAUAUCUUUGCAGCUCUGCAAUCAGUAGGUUUAGUUCGCUUGCUUAAUAUCCUGCUGGAACAAAAACCUGAUUUAAAAUGCUUAUGUUAAGGCGGUAAGGAACAGAUUCACCCUGUAUGAACCCAAAAUGCAUGGUUCGUCUUGCAGAGUAGCAUUCCUGCUGUCUUUAGAUUUAAGAUGAAAAUAAGCUGGCUGUUGAUGCCUAAGCCUCAUUGCUUUUCUAUGAGCAUGUUAAACCGCACGUCAGUGACAGAAGGAGCAUAACAUCAAGAAUAUUCUCUGGACAGAUACUGAAACUGUUGAUAUGCUCACACAUACACGCACACACAAACAAAAGAGUUUCAUUCCGAAAUAUAGUUUUCAGUGGUUGUUUUAAUUAGAACCUGCAAUCUGUUUUUCAAACACUCUCUCUGAACACCUCAUGCACUAAUUAAAAGGGUCAGUAUGAGUAUUUUUUGUCUAAGACAUGGAGGAAGACAUGUGUACUACAUGUACUGAUAAGUAAAUGUUGAGGGUAUUGAGGAUUGACUCUUAGCUGAAAAGACAAGUUAAACCUUACUGAUUAUAAACAUAAACAGUAUAAAAACACAGAGGUGGUGGAGGGCCAUGGACCAAAACAGAAAAGGAUUUGAGAUGAGAAGGAACUAGAGUUGGUACAAACAGCAAGACAAGUUUUCCAAUAUUUAAAAAUGUUAUUUUUGUUGAAUACUUUUUCGAUAGAAAUGUAUUUUAGCAAGUCUUUUUUCUCAAAGGACUGGUGUGUUUUGGAAUGAAACCCUUUAAAUUUAAAGUAUAUGAAUACAUAUAUAAAUAUAUAAAUGUCUGUACAGAUGUUGACAAAGUAAAUAGUAUAUAACUAAAUUCUUCCUUUCCAUGAGCAAGAUGAAAAUGAUCUUAAGCGCCUUCCAAUGCUGUACAUGGAAACAAGUAAUUGCCUUUGGCAACAUUGUAGUCUACUACUGUAUGCAUCACUGAGUAGGAAUGUUGUAUUGUUCGCACUUUGUAUAGAUAAAGUAGUUUUCUUUUACGCAGAACAGUCAUAUAUAUAUAUAAAUACACACUAACUUAACAAUGUAAUUAUCUCAUUUUUACUAUGUUGUCUGUUCAUGAGUUGAGGACAUAUUGUAAAGUAUAGUCAACAGGCCUUAGACUUGAUAUGGUAAAAAGGUACAUUCAUCUCAAUGUUUCAGGGGUCAUUUGAAGAAAUCACCUCUUUCCUACACCUGGUGCUGUUACAGACCGAUGCUCCUCUGGCACUGAUGUUUCUUAAAUGAGAAUAUUUUCAAACGCUGAUGUUCAGAGCUGUGACCACACACUUCAGUGAACCAGACACCUGUCGGCAGCAUUUAUCAUAACCUGUGGUACCUCACUGGAGAAGACGACACGUUGCCAUGUUUUUCUUCAUCGGGCUGAGACAGAAUAUUGAUAACGAGCCAUUUAAUUAAUUGUCGAAGUACAUUUAUAUCGUCUCUGAGGAGUUGUUGUCCGAAUACUGAUAUGUAGGCUGAAUUAUCUCAACCGUCGAGCGCUGCACGGUGUGUUUCUUUUGCAGUACAUUGAUAGACGCAGAGACUGGAUACGGUCACUGCAGCUGUUAUUAUGCUCGCUGGUCUCGUUUUGAACAAUCGGCAAUUGUCAUUGUAGGAUUACCCCACCUGAAAUUGCAAUAUUCAUAUUUUAGAUACCAGCACAGUGUAUGUUUUGAACGAAUGAAUGUGGUUAUGUCAUUGAUAUCCAAGCAUUAGUAAGUAGUUUCUACUUCACACAUUAACAUAAUCCCAUUCCUCUUAUUCUCCCUCUGUAGCAUCUACCAGGUUUACAUUGGUUCUCAGAUGGUUUCAGAGGAAAUACCACUCAGUUUAAGGAUUGAUGUUUGUUAUUUAAAUGGUCUGUGUAGGGUUUGAGCUUAUAUGUGUUUGCUCUGGAGUAAUUUAGAGCAGUUUUCUACAUCUCAUGAUGUAAAAAUGAGCUGUAAGAUGUUAUAAAACCAUCACAUUUUUCUCUUGCUGAAUGCUGCAGCUGGUUUUCUAACCAGACGUUUUUAUUUGCAACUCGAAGACGCACAACAAGCUGUUUAUCAGUGCACUCUUGGCAAGUGAAAUUGCUAUAUGGUGACACUUUGAAUCCAAAUUCUACCCUGCAAUGUUUUAUUUGAACAGCCAUCUCCUGAGAAUACUAUUUAGGCCACAGAAACUACAAACAUCCCUCUUCAAAAUGUGAGACCAGAGCACCAAGCCUGACAUUUAGAGGAAGAAGAUCGUCUCAUCAGUUUACUUGUUAAGAAGAGGACAUAAAUAACACUAGAAUCCUUCUUGUAUUUUCAGGAUUUUAAUCACUGUCACAAGCCGAGCAGCAGCCCAGUCUCCCAAACUGUUGUGGGAGUUUUUUUGUUUUGUUUUUUUUUACUGAGAGAGAAUAUAAUGUUCAAACUGUCAUUGACCAUAGAAAUAACAAACUGCUGUUAAAGUGUGGUGGUGUUCCUUUAGCUGCUCUUUUCUACUUCACAUUAUAAUCUAUCAGGAACCUGUGCAUGGCACUUUGGAUCAAAGCAGGACAAUUUAAUGUAAUUUUAGCUUUCACCGUCUUGUUUGCCUGUUGUUAAGUCUGUGUGCAGUUUAGAGCUGGAUUAUACCAUUACACUUGUUUGUCCACCUGCUAAAAAAGAACUUUAUUGGAUUACUAAUCCAUUCACAUAGCCAGAACCCAGUGCAUUAGUAUGUGAGGACCCUCUAGAGGACUUUUAUUUUUUUAGCUUUUCGGGGCAUUGUAAAAGAGGAUCAGUAGACAUACUGUAUAGUGAUAACUGUAUAUUGAACUAGGGCUCAUAAUUUGACUUCAUUUUGUGUUUUCUAACACAUUUUUAAGAGGCAAAUGGCAGAACUGUUUUUCUGUACAGAACGUACUCCCUUGAUUUUCAACUACUUUCAUUCACCCAUAACAUUUCUGUUAAUAGCCACCACAUUGCCUACAUCACUGUUUAGGUUUUACAGCAUGAUAGACGAGACAUUCAGUAGCUUCAGUGAAGACGUCUGUAGCAUAUAUUGCUGAGCUGAUUUGAAUGUCUGCAGGAACACUUUGGUCCUGUGUUGUGUCACUGGAGGCUGCGGUCAUGACACUUUGUUAACAGUUGCUUCCAGUCAUAAAAAGCCACCCUUUUUUGUGUUAAAAUGCCUCAGCUAACAUACUAGUGAUAGAGCAAUAACUAGUAGUCAUCUCAUUCAUCAGUUAGAUAAAGAAAGCUGAGGUUUGAAUUACCAAAAAGUGCAAAAUUAAUCAAAUUACAUACCUGAAACACGAUGUCAGAAAUCAAUGUUAAAUGUAAGAGAAAAUGAGACAUUGCAGAAUCGAUUUUCCUCUCUAGCUUUCGUCACGGCUGUUAUUGUCUGUGGUUUUUUUCGGUAUUAUUUGUUGUCGGUGUACAGAAUUGAGAAUGAUUAAGGAAUGCAGUAUUGCAUGAAAACGCUAAUGCAUGUAUUUCAUUAACUAUGCAAGAGUCUUUGGCUGUGUUAAAGUAGAGAGCAGAGCAUGGCUGGUGUAUUCCAUUGCUUUAUUUGCACACCAUUCCAAUAUUUAGGAGUUGUAAAUUGCAGAAUAUUUCAUCUGUACAGUUAAAAGGAUUACAUUUAAGAACUUCGCCUAUAUGAAAAUCUAUUUAAUGCCAUAAUUGCUUUCUGCAUUUUACCAUUUAAUGUUUUUUAUAUGUUCUCAUUUUUUAAAAAAUAACUCUGCUGAUCUGUGCUCUCUGGGUGCUCCUACCAAACUGGUAGGUUACUGUCUUUUAUUUUUGACAAGAUGUUUAAUAAAUACCGUUGUACACCAGCAGAGACAACACUAUGGAUGCGAUAAUCUCUGUGUGGUCACUAAAUAGCAUCAUGUAUGUGUGUAUGUACGUAUGUAUGUAUUGUGAAAAAGCCUUUCAUUUAUUCACUUCAGUGAAAACAGUUUGUGAACCCCUGUUGAAAUGUUCUCAGCUGCAUCGAAGAUGUGGUCAGUCUCUAAUAUAAAGAAAACUCUAUAUAGCUAAAUGCAAUAAAGAAAUAUAGUAAAUUUGUAGUUUUCUAUUGCAGUGUGUAAUUAACAGUGACAUCAAGAUAUAAAUGUUUAGUUGAUACUUUUUGUAGUAUUUAUGCCACAUCAAUCAUUCCAAUCAUGAUGUGAUUUUUUUUAAUUAUUAUUUUUUUAAAUUCCAAACAGGCAGUUUAUCAGCAAGCGAACGACAACUUCCAAACACGCUUAAAGCAGCGCCGCUAUUUGUUUCUGAUAACUGGUGGAAUGGGUGUAAAACAUCAGUCACUUUAAUUGUUAAAGUGCAUAUAGGCGUCGCUGCAGAACUUAAUUAAGAUUAGAGAAUCCGUUCACCGAGUUGUUGUAGUAACACGGCUGCGUUGUUUUGUUCUUGAGUCGCAGAGAGUCCCACUUUUUCAAGGUGAAACCAUUAAUUUAAUGCCAGUAUCUGCAACAUGUCCGCGUGGGCAGUUCACCACUGAACUGGAGCCGCAAUAACCACUGACGGAGAAAAACCUUAAUCCUACAUUUGAGCCACAGACUUAAGCUUCUGCAGAUACUGUGGAACCAGAGCAAUACAGCUGCAUGGACAAGGUGUUGUGACAUUAAGGGACUUGAAUGAAGGAACUCUAGUUGAGAAUUGUUUUUGGACUUUAUUAUUCGAGGCUUUUGGGGACAUUUUACAGAUGUAAACACUAUAAAUGAUGAUGACACUGAGACGUUUCAGGAGCCUUAAGCAGAUAACGGAAAGUUUCUAACUUCCUUUGGAUGACGCAGGAAAACCAAUGAGCUGUGUAAUGAAUGAAUGUCAUGAGACUCAUUUAGAUUUUUUUUUUUAAGCUAACAAAGAACACUAGAGUGCUAAAUACAUAGCAUGUCUUCCCUUUGACCUUUCUGUCUUUUGUUAUGAUUUUUAUAAUGUCAUUCAUAAUGCAUUUUGUAAAAUACUGUGUUGCAUUCAUUGAUACAUUUUUUUUUUCACUUAUUAAGGCUGUUUUACUGUAUUUCCUUGUCUUACUAGGUUCAUGAGUUUAUUAUGAGACACCUGCAUUGUCUGAACUGGCCCAAAGUUUAUUAUUUUAUUCCACACGAGGGCCUCUGUUCCAGCAACUGCCUCUUUAUUUGUCUGUUUUUCUACUUUAAUUUAGUUCUCUAGACUGUGUUGAAGUCUUCCGUGUUAAUUUAUUGCUCUUUUGUUAUCAUGUAUGCACUUUCGAUGUUGUUUUUUUUUUUGUUUUUUAUUUCUCCAAAAGAAAAAAAUGUGUACAUACUUUGUUGGUUUAACCAUGCAAGUACAAAACAAAACAAAAAACCUGAUUAAAAAUAUCGAAACAGUU